AUGAAUGCUUCUCCACAAGUUUCAUCUCUGUAUGGUCCCGGUGCAUUCGUAGGCUGGAUAUGUACCAUGGGUUCCGUUCUCGUUUCAUGGACCUGUAAUCGACGGAACGAGUCGCAAGACUCCAUCGGAAACGACCUCAUCGCAACUCUGACACUGCCCAGUGUCGCAGCGAUACAAUAUCAGUACGAGCUUUGGCACACCAGAAAAGAUGGUAUACCACCAGCGAAGGAAAUCUUGGACGCAACAUCCUGCAUUGUCCUCUGGUAUCUCGCAUUUGGACCUUGGCUUUUCGGCAUCUCCGCCAUCACCGGGAAAAUGAAGAGAUCUGUCUGCACUGCAACUAUCUUUGCACUAUGUCUAUCGGUCUCCUCGAUUAAGUACGUACGGAGAGCUCUGCAGGUGGAGUUUCCAGCAGCAGAUUCCUACAAUGUGUGUAAUAUAGCCAUGUCCAGCUACAAUCUACUCAGGUACGCCGGCCUUCUCCAAAUUCGCGGUAAAAAUAUUCGACUGGAAACAUAUCGCAACAAGACAUUCGGCGCUCUUAGGUUAUUUUCCAAAAUAAUGCCUUGGGUGUUCGCGUUCGUUAUAUAUACUCCCGAGGUUAUUCACCUAGUACUAUCUGAAGAUAGAGACCCGACACUAGUACUACUUGAGCUAUUCUCCGUGCCGCGAACUGGUUAUUCCGUUAUGGAACUUGACCAGGCCGUAGCUCUAAGUGCUGGAGCCUCGACCCUAGCUUACAGUAUCUACGAAGCGUUUACCUCGAGAACACUUUCCCCCUGGGAAGAGUACCAGAUAUGGAGGGCGAGCUGCGAAACCCUUCUUAAAGAAGGCAUUUUGGAAGAAGACGAGACUGCCCUAUGGAAUGAAGAAUUGCUGGUAAUGGCCCAUCAGGUGAAAUUAGUCUUAGAUGCUCCAUCUAGUACUGAAAUACUUCUGAAAAUGGUGCAAAUCAAGGAGGAGCGCGAAGAACUGGCAGAAAUAAGUAAAGAAAAACAAGUAGUCGAACAACUACGAGAUAGUGGCUUCUUAUGA